GAGAAGAGACCUUCAUAAGCCAUGACGAAGGAGCGCCUGCAAAUCAUUAUGAACUCCAAGCCAAAGACCUCUUCCAUUGAUUUUAUUACAAAUCACUGAAACACUCUCCCCAUUUAACCUGAUCUCUGAAACAGGGGGAAAAAGGACUCCCCUUAGUAGUGUUUGCCGUCUCUCGGAGCUUCACCAUGGGAUUAAGCACUCAAGACCUCCACAUCCUCUUCUUGCCUUUCAUGGCCCCAGGUCACAUCAUCCCCACCGUCGACUUGGCCAAGCUCUUCGCCUGCCGCGGCGUCAAAGCCACCAUCCUCACCACCCCGGGCAACGCCCCCUCCAUCCAGCCAUCCAUCGACCAUGCCAAUGACUCCUGCUCCCUCCGCCACCCCAUGGCCCUCUCCCUCCUCCCCUUCCCCGCCGCCGAGGCCGGCAUCCCCCCUGGCUGCGAGAACCUGGUCGUCACCCUCAACAACCACGACAUACAGCUCAAAUUCAUCAAGGCAAUGGAGCUUCUCCGUCAGCCGUUCGCCAGAGUCCUCAGAGAGUUACUCCCCGACGCCGUCGUCUCCGACUACUUGCUUUCCUCGACCCAGGACGUCGCAGCCGAGCUUGCCGUGCCGCGCCUCGUGUUCCACGGCAUGAGUCUCUUCUACCUCUGCGCCUCCCACAGUAUAGACAGCUUCAAAGUCCUUGAGUCCGUCCCGCCUGGCGGCGCCGAGUCCUUUGUCCUUCCCAGCCUCCCCCACCGGAUCGAGAUGCAGAGAUCCCAAAUCUGGGACUUGAGCAAGAUGCCUGAAAUGGCGGCGUUUUUCGACCGGUGCAAGAAUUCAGAGGAGCGGAGCUAUGGCGUAGUGGCCAAUAGCUACUACGAGCUGGAGCCGGAUUACGCCGAACACUACAGAAAGGUGGUGGGUAGAAGGGUGUGGAACGUCGGUCCGGUGUCCCUCUGCAACAGAAAUGAGAUCGAGAAGUCUCGGAGGGGAGAUGAGACUUCCAUGGAUUGCAACCAGUGCUUGAGCUGGUUAAACACCAAUAAGCCGGGAUCGGUGGUCUACGUUUGUUUUGGGAGCAUGUACAAAUUACCGAUAGCUCAAAUCAGAGAGAUUGCUUUGGGUCUCGAGGCCUCGGACACACCGUUUAUUUUGGUGGUGAGAGGUGUUCGUGGAAAUGACGCGGACUGGCUGCCAGAAGGGUUCGAGGAGGAAGUGGUGGGAAGGGGGAAGGGACUGAUCAUAAGAGGAUGGGCGCCGCAGAUAGUUAUAUUGAAUCAUGAGGCUGUUGGAGGAUUUGUGACGCACUGUGGGUGGAAUUCUUGCUUGGAGGGGGUGAGUGCCGGGGUGCCGAUGAUCACCUGGCCGAUGUUCGCCGAGCAGUUUUUUAACGAGAGGUUGAUAGUGGAGGUGUUGAAGGUUGGGGUUGGGGUCGGGGUGAAGGAGUUUGCUCGUGCUGGUGCAGAAAGGAGGGUGGUGGCAGGGGAGGAGAUAAGGAGGGCGGUGGGGAGGGUGAUGGGUGGGGGAGAGGAGGCGGAGGAGAUGAGGAGGAGGGCGAGGGAGCUCGCGGAGAUGGCAAGGAGGGCAGUGGAGGAGGGUGGAUCGUCUUAUGCAGACGUGGGGGAGCUUAUAGAGGAGUUGAUUGAGAGGAGGAAGACUACUGGUAGAGAAUGGAUGGGCUCUGCGGAGCAAGUGUGAGGGAAUUGUUCUUGGAUAUUUUUAUCCUUUCUAAAUCUUGGACGCGAGACGGGUUGCUUGGAUUCUCCACAUAUUGGUCGCUCAGAUCUCUCCGUCAAUAAAUCGAUCGAGUGGGCGGGAGUAAGCAGGUGAUCUCGAUCUU